GUAAUAAUAAUCUCAUUCAUCAAAAUCGCCGAGGCACAGUCCUGUAUUGCUUCGUCUUCUUCCCUCUAGUACGCUACAGAACCAGACCAAAUCUGUAAAGGAACAGAACAGAUAGCCCGUUACUUCCCACGAAAUUGCGCAUGAAAUUCCAUUUUACGCGCGCAGUUUCAGCAUAAAGUUUGGGUUUUGUUCAAAAUGGAGCCUGUGCCUAAAGGGCAAGAACCCCCUUCAUGGGAUGAACUCUACAAUAUCGAUUUGAUGCCAUCAGAGUUGUUCCUCAAGUUUAGAAAAGAAAUCGAGGGGUUUCGGAUUGGUGUCAAUUUAGAGUUCUACAAUGCUCCCACCAAUGAUUUCCAAACGAAGCUUGUGUUGAAGCCUUUAUCCCCUGAUAGAAGGUGGAAAUUUGUAUGUAAGCCAAUUCAGUCAGAGGUGGGGGUUCUUUCGAAAAAGAUCCCUCUUGCCAAAUUUCUUAAUCUUCAGGUUGGUAUGGAUCAUAACUUUAAACUGAAUGCAAUUGGAUGGAAAUGGAAGCUUACCACCUGUUUUGGCGGGGAUGGGAUAUCCCGAAUACGGAACAAGACAACACUUGGCUUGUUUCCUGGCAUGGAUUUGCGAUUUUGUUGGAGAGCUGAUUAUGUUCUUCCAGAAAUUACCGGGGGUGUUGGUACGGAUGAACCGUUAUUCAAUAUGUACUCAGGACGGUUGCAAGCAUCACUAGAUAGAGUUGAGGCCAUUCUGACCCAUCCGUCAUGAUUUGUGGUCAAAAGAAAAAGACCAGGAUCAGCUGGAAACUUGAAUUGGGUGGUACUGUACUGGACAUGUGUGGAACUGAGUGGCAUAUUUGAUGAGAUGAGUUUGCUUACUAAAUCUCAUGUGAUACUUAUUUUAUAUGAUCAAAUCACAAAGUUCUGUGCUUUGAUUUGAUCCCUUGAUGUCCAAGCAUAUUCAUUUACCAAACUUUCUUAGAACAUCAGCUUUUCUUGUUGUUCCUGUUGUUCACUGGAAGGCUUUCUUUGCCGUUGAAAUCAUUUCUAAAGGCAUCUUGCUAGGUACUGGCUCUUUCUUGGAUUCUUUUGUUGCACCUUAUAGCGGUGGAGUCAUGCUUUACUGUUUUAAUUUGGUGUACUUUGUGAAGUAUCAAAAUACAAACUAAACAAAAUU